AUUUUUAGAGAGAGAGGGCUACCAAGUUUUGUAUCUCCGGGAAAGAUGGAUGAAUCAAGUAUUAUUCCGGCAGAGAAAGUGGCCGGAGCUGAGAAAAGGGAGCUGCAAGGGCUGCUUAAGACCGCGGUUCAAUCUGUGGAGUGGACUUAUAGUGUCUUCUGGCAAUUUUGUCCUCAACAACGGGUAUUGGUGUGGGCGAGUGGAUACUACAACGGUGCAAUAAAGACGAGGAAGACAACUCAGCCGGCGGAGGUGACGGCGGAAGAAGCUGCCUUAGAGAGGAGCCAACAGCUGAGGGAGCUUUAUGAGACACUUUUAGCCGGAGAGUCAACGUCGGAAGCAAGGGCAUGCACCGCUUUAUCGCCGGAGGAUUUAACGGAGACGGAAUGGUUUUAUCUAAUGUGUGUCUCUUUCUCUUUCCCUCCUCCUUCUGGGAUGCCAGGAAAAGCGUAUGCGAGGAGGAAGCACGUAUGGCUAAGUAGUGCAAAUGAAGUUGACAGUAAAACUUUUUCUAGGGCUAUUCUUGCUAAGAGUGCUAAAAUACAGACUGUGGUUUGCAUUCCCAUGCUUGAUGGUGUUGUGGAACUAGGAACAACGAAAAAGGUAAGAGAAGAUGUAGAAUUUGUUGAGCUCAUAAAGAGUUUCUUCCAUGAACAUUGCAAGUCAAAUCCAAAGCCGGCUCUUUCUGAACACUCCACCUACCAAGUGCAUGAAGAAGCCGAAGAAGAAGAAGAAGUAGAAGAAGAAAUGACAAUGUCAGAGGAGAUGAGGCUUGGCUCUCCUGAUGAUGACGACGUUUCCAAUCAAAAUCUACACUCUGAUCAUCAUAUAGAAUCAACCCACACGUUAGACACACACAUGGACAUGAUGAAUCUAAUGGAGGAAGGUGGAAACUAUUCUCAGACAGUAACAACACUUCUUAUGUCACAUCCCACGAGUCUUCUUUCAGAUUCAGUUUCCACAUCUUCUUAUAUCCAAUCAUCGUUUGCCACGUGGAGAGUUGAGAAUGUCAAAGACCAUCAGCGAGUGGAGAAAGCGGCUUCGUCUUCGCAAUGGAUGCUCAAACACAUGAUCUUGAGAGUUCCUUUCCUCCAUGACAACACUAAAGAUAAGAGACUACCGCGGGAAGAGCUGAACCACGUAGUGGCAGAGCGACGCAGGAGGGAGAAGCUUAACGAGAAAUUCAUAACGUUGAGAUCAAUGGUUCCAUUUGUGACAAAGAUGGAUAAAGUAUCAAUCCUUGGAGACACUAUUGCGUACGUAAAUCAUCUUCGAAAGAGGGUCCAUGAGCUUGAGAGUACUCAUCAUGAUCAACAACAUAAGCGGACACGUACUUGUAAGAGAAAAACAUCGGAGGAGGUGGAGGUUUCUAUCAUAGAGAGUGAUGUUUUGUUAGAGAUGAGAUGCGAGUACCGAGAUGGUUUGUUGCUUGAUAUUCUUCAGAUUCUUCAUGACCUUGGUAUAGAAACUACCGCGGUUCAUACCGCGGUAAACGACCUUGAUUUCGACGCGGAGAUAAGGGCGAAAGUGAGAGGGAAGAAAGCAAGCAUCGCUGAGGUCAAAAGAGCCAUCCACCAAGUCAUAAUACAUGAUACUAAUCUAUAGAUUCUAACUUUAUUGAUGCCAACUCUAGAGAAGAGUAAUUAAACGUAUUUUUGUUUUAGCCUCACAUGUAUUAGGACAUCAGUUACAUAUAUAGGCCCCGGAUGCAACAUAUAAAUGCAAAUGUACUAGAUACAUGAUGUUGUUCGUUUGUCCAAUUUUGUACUUGUGUAUGAAUGCAGAUUCAGUUGCACCUAAAACAUCAAAUUUUGGAUGCAUAAAGUUGUAAAAUUUGU